UUCAACGUCUAUCACUUUGGGAAGUCAGCGGGAAAUUUAAAUUUUUAUUUACUGGUAAAACAUUCAAUCAAAAAUCUUUGCGAAACGACAAAAUGGAUUUGGAGAAAAGAGAAAGGCGAAGCUCACUCAAGCACGGUGAUUCAGUUGGAAUUAAAAGAUUGGGCGGUGAUGUUGAUCGUGUUAAACCAAAGCGCCGUAUAAGCUUUUGUGGUAGAAAGUCUGUGAGAGAAUUUCACGCCGAAGAAAAACCUAAAAGUUGGAAUAACUCAUAUGAAAUUUCAGAUCACCUUAAUAUAUCGGGAAAUAGUUCAUUAGGUGGCAAGAGUACGAUGAUAAUUGGAAGUUCAAGUACUGAUCAUAAGGAAAAUGUAACAAAUGUUGAAAGUAAUAUUAGUGUAUCCAAAAAUUGUCAUCAAAUAAGAAAUCGGAGUAAAGUUUUAAGACAAACUAACCCGGAGAUAUCAAACGGUGCGAAAAAGGACUUUAUUAAUUAUGGAAAAAAUCUAAACUGUGGAAACAAAAAUGAGAUUAAUGAUUUUGAAAUAAAUCCUAUAACUACGGAGGACAUUUACUACGGAAAUGAAGACAUUUUGACGGAUGACAAAUUUGUUAGCAUGGUUAACCAUAACAGGAGUGUUAUGCAGGUGAUGGAAAUGGAUAUAUCGAAAGUACGUGAGAAUGAGGCUUAUCAAACAUAUAAACUUGUAAAUGUUAAUAAUGACGUGGAAAUCAAAGACAUCACUAAACUCUUCAACGAUCAGCAUACAUUUGAUUCCUUACAAUCAAUAAAGAAUGCGGGAAGGAGAUUAUCAAUUACAACUGAGGGACCUAUGGAUAUUUCUAUGCAUUUGAAUGAGUGUAUGCAAAAAAAUUGGGAAAACAAUCAAUCUUAUUUAAAUUCUAAAGGAGAUUUACAAAUAACUGUAACAACAGAAACUAAUGUUUCGAAAAUGGAUGUCUUAAGAAAAGUGUGCUCCUCAUCUGAAAAUAUAUUUUCGGGUACCUUAACGGAAAUAAAGAAUUGCCGUCUUCCAUUCGAGAAUUUAAUAGUUGAAUCAGACCCAGAUGAUAAGCCUACGAAUAAUAACUCCUUUUUGAGCACAGAAGCUAAAUUGGAUAUUAAAAAUUGUGAGAACACUUCAUUACGUAGCGUUAGUUACGACUCGCCUUUGUUUCCGCCAAUUAAAAGUAAGAAGCUCAAUCUUCGUCAGUUGAAUGCUGAAAUUUGUGAUGGAAAAAUAAUCGUGUUUCCUAACAAAAUUAAACAAUGCUUCUUAACUAAUCCUAAUAUUAAUUCUUCAUGUAAAACGAUUUUAAAAGAUGGUAUUAAUGAUAUCUCAUACGAUAUAAAUACUAAGAAUUACUCAUCAAAAUUUUCGGAUUAUGAAGAUAUGACAUCAGACAGCACAAGUUUUCUUGUGAAAGAAAAAGUAGGUGAUGAGACCGGUUUGGGAAAUGUGUCAAAACUGUCCAAAAAUGGACAGUGUAGCUCCGAAAUCGAUACGUCAGCUGUGCUAACAGCUUCAUUUAUAAAAGAUAAAAAUGUUGAAAGUAUAAACACAGAUUUUCACAACUUUCAAAAUACCAACGAAUUAAAAUCUGCUAAUUAUAUAUUAAAUAGCGAAGAAUCGAAUGAAUCAUCCAAAGAACUUAUGAGGUCAAUACAUGAUAUCUUAGAUAUGAGCUUGAAUUUAACAAAUAUUCAAACCGUAACGAAUGUUACACCCAAAAGUAUAAAAUCAGUAGCUUCUGCAACUUAUGAUGAAACUAAACAUGUCUUUAAACUUGAUGUAACUCCACAAAAUAACAAUAAUCUUUGUAAAAGGAGGCAUACUAUAUACUUUAAUCAAGAUAUAGCGCCAUUAAAAGCUCACAUACACUCCGAGUCAGGGUUCGAGAGCUAUAAAAUUGAACCAAAACAAUCACAGGAUAUACAUUUGAUAGAAGAUAAUUAUAAUAAUGAGUUUAAAUAUACUCCGGUUUCGAAUGUUUCAAAAUGCAAUAAAACGGUUAUGAUGCGGAAGAAGUCCCUUGAUUUUAGUGACGGUAGUAGCGAUUCGUUGAUAUUAAAUUUAAAAGAAGCAAGGGCUGCAUUAUCUUCUAAUUGUAAACGUAGAAUUGAAGGUACUCCACAUCGUUCAUUCUUAGAGUUUGUACAUUUGGAAAAAGAAGUGGAAAAGGAUGAUGAAAUAUCUUUUGAUAAAAGUGUCCUCGAUGAUCUCAAACUAAAAUCGCUGGAGGGACAGACUCUUCAGAAUUUAGGAGAAACUGAGGAACAAAAGCGAAGAACUGAUAACCGCCACAGAUCAUUGAUAUCAAGUCCCAUUUCGGAUUUAAUAUUUUAUAAACGGCCUACAGCAAAUUUGACCCCAAAUUUACCAUUUCCCAAAAAAAGACAAACACUCCUUUUCAACGACUGCCCGAUGGAUCAAUCUAUAAACAGUUUCAAAACUGAGCCUAAAAAUAUAAGUUGUGAUAGUAUCAAUGAAUAUAGCCUUAAAAAAUACGCAGUUACUGAAUUAAAGGACAAAAAAGUGUACGUACAGAAUCUUAAUGCCAUAAAAACGGAUAAGUCAACCAAUUGCAAUACAUCUUUAAAAGAUAUCUCAUUAAAGGAAGAUACUCUAAGACAAGCACAAAUGAAAAUUGAAGCUUCUGAAGGUCUUAAAGUUCAGAAUGAAACGAGUCCCCGCAUAUAUACCUUCCAGUCUCGUUUUCCUAUUACCUCCAAUUGCAGUAUAAAGGAGCGAAAAUCAAAUUCAGUUAACUCGGCAGUCACAAGCAAAGGAGUUGAUUCUACAAUGAUAGAUGUUUCUUUAGAUACAAUUCAACUUCCCAGGAAAGCGGCAACAAAACUCGACAGUCAGAAUUCAAUUUUGAAAGUCCCAUUUCCUUCCAUAACAUCAGAUCGCCUUGUAAUUGAAAAUGAAAGUUUUAAGAACGUUAAGUCCGUAUUUGAAAACAACCCAAUUACUAUAUCGGAUGUAUCUGUAUAUUAUUUAGCCCAACAGAAGUCGUAUGUUAUUAAUGGACUUGAAGAAGACAUUAGAAAUGAAUACUUAACAGACUCAAACAAAACAGCUGUUUUUAAUAAACAAUUCAUUAACUUAGAGCGGGAAAAUUCUUCUUUAUGUAUUUCCGAAAUUGACGAUAUUGAAAAAACUCGUUUAAGUCUCGUUGAAACGUUUGCUUCUGAAAAUGUUGAAGAUUGCGAAAAAAAUGAGCGCUCCGACAACCAACCCAUUGAAGAGUUGAUAGUAGAACAUAAUUGUGUCACUAAUCGACAUAUACCUAUGGAAAAAAGUUCUCUAUUACUAAAAGAAAAAGAUGCUCAAAUAAAUACAGUUAGGAAUAAAAAUCGCGUAAUAAUUUGUCGUCGAUGUAAGCAUAACCAGGAAUCGUUUUCCUCUGGAAGUAUGUCAAUAACUAGUGAGUCAUUUGCAUUGCCACCAUCGCCGCCAUCACCCUCUCUUGGUUUGGAACAUUUAAUGAGAUUCCGCAAUCUUCCAAAAUUGAAAAAUGUCCAUGAAUAUUGGCGAAGAAGGUCGUUGGAAAAAAAUGGUUCAAAUUUAUCGCUUUCGCUGGGCUUAACCUUUGACUCAGAUUGUAAAAAAACUUCGGUUUCUUUUAAUGAAAUCCUACAUAAAGAUAAUUACGUAUUUAAAAAAAUAGAGAAACAGAUCAAUGAACUGCAGCUUGAAGCAUUAAGAACUGACAUUGCUUUUAAGAAUCUGAAUAGAGUGAUCAGCGAAACAUUCCCGAAUUGGGUGUUUAACUAUCAAACGAGAGCAAGGAAUAUAAUUACACUUGUUCAUAAAAAAAUUGUUUCUUUUUCUAUCGAAAUUAUUUACUCCGACGACGUACAGCUUGGAAAUUAUAUUUCAAUACAAGACGUUUGUUUACGUAGCGGUCGAGUGUCAUCAAAAUUUUGGAAGCCGAUUGAUCACAUCUUAGAUUUCAAUCUCAAGAUUAAUUUGCCAGUUGAUUUAAAAUUGCUUUCACAUGCUUAUAAUAAUGAAGAUCCUAUACUUAAGCUAUUGCAACACAUGGAUGAAGUUUGCACUAACAUACUUGGAGAUGCUCGCAGCCUGUGGAUACUAGUUUGCAGAGAGGAAGCUUCUUUGAUUAGAUACUCAAAUCGAGUGAUUGUGCGAAAGUUUACACGCGCGUUUGAAGGAAUCAGAGAUAAUAAUCCGUUACUUAAAAAAAUUGAGUUCCAGAUAGAAAUAAAUAAUAUUCGAACUUUGUCAGUUAAAGAUAUUAUAUCUCCCCCGCUUUAUGCAUUUUCUGAUGAGUUACAAUUUUUACCCAGUGGUAUAGAUUUUCUCAAAGAAUUUCUAAUGUCUCCCUGCCGAUAUUUAAAACAGUAAUUAGUUUUAAUUUUCCAACAAUGAUUCUAUAACACUAAUUAAUUUAUAAUUAUUUGAUAUACACAUUUUAUA